GAUAUCACGGGAAAGGUGGGCCCCUCACCGUCGACAGUGUGAAUAUUAUACCUCUGUCAGACAAACUGAUUGAUGCUGGCCGGGAAGCUGGGUAUCCUUUGAACGAGGACUAUAAUGGAAGAACAUUGGAAGGAAUCUGUCGUUUACAGUCAACUACAAUCAACGGUGAACGUAUGGCUACUGGCCGAGCAUUUAUCCACCCCGUCCUGGACAGAACUAACCUGGAUGUAGCACUGAGAGCGCAUGUCACAAAAAUUAUUAUUGACAAUAAGACAGCUGUAGGCGUUGAAGUGAUCAAAGACUCUAAACGAUACAUCGUCAAUGCCAGGAGAGAGAUCAUUCUGUCAGCAGGAGCUGUGGGUUCCCCACAAAUACUCAUGUUGUCUGGUGUUGGACCCAGGAAACAUCUGCAGAGUUUACAGAUUCCCAUAGUUGCAGAUCUUCCGGUUGGGCAGAAUCUUCAGGACCAUCUGUAUUUUGAAGUCGGCGUAAGAAUUAAAGAGCCCCUAACAACUCCCCCAUCAGAGGCAAUUACCUGGCGGACUAAGCUACAGUACGCUCUGUUUCGUACAGGCCCUUUGAGUUUAGCCCUGGCUAGUGAAAUCUUGGCAUUCAGGAGCACGACCAACAAAACUAGGGAGAAGGACUGGCCAGACGUUCAACUACUUUUUUCUGAAAGUAAGCCCUCUAACAUGCGAGCUGACUACUCAGAGAAGACCAAGGCAGAAUUAGUUGACAGAAACAGGGGAGACUAUGGUUUUACUUGUCUACCUGUCGGUCUGAGACCGGAAAGCAGAGGGAACAUCACUUUAAGAUCCGUGAAUCCUUUUGACUAUCCCAUUAUUCAAGCUAAUUACCUGGACAAGCAGGCAGACAUAGACACUUUGAUUAGAGGUAUCCAAGAAUGUCAAAAAAUAGUAGCUACCAAACCCAUGCAAGACAUCGGUGCUGAGUUUACGGAAAAGGGGACAGAAUCCGCCUGCAGUCAAUAUAUGUUCAAUACCCAUGAAUACUGGGAAUGUUUAGUUAACUACAGACCGCUCUCUGUCCAUCAUCCUGUCGGAACAUGUAAGAUGGGUCCAAAGGGAGAUAACACUGCUGUUGUUGACUCAGAAUUGAGAGUACACGGGAUAUCCGGACUCCGUGUGGUCGACGCUUCCAUUAUGCCAUGGCUGGUCUCUGGUAACACAAACGCCCCAACAAUUAUGAUUGGCGAAAUGGCUGCUGACUUGAUCAAGGAGAAAAAGUUGCCAUCACUGGAUUUGUGA